CCCUGCCCUGGAGGACUCUAUCAGCCGUGCUACAGUGCCGGGCGAACCUCGGUGGGCGCAGCGGUGUGUCUGGUCUGUUUGUUUCUGUGGACGUGGCUGCCUGGAACUUGUCAGAGAGGUUUCUGGAAUAUCCGCCGCUGCCGUCAAGAUGUCGGUCCCAAGCGCACUCAUGAAGCAACCGCCCAUUCAGUCUACGGCUGGGGCCGUCCCAGUUCGCAAUGAGAAAGGUGAGAUUUCAAUGGAAAAAGUGAAGGUAAAACGUUAUGUGUCCGGAAAGAGGCCAGAUUAUGCUCCUAUGGAGUCCUCAGAUGAGGAGGAUGAAGAAUUCCAGUUCAUUAAGAAAGCCAAAGAGCAAGAAGCAGAGCCUGAGGAACAGGAAGAGGACUCAUCUAGUGACCCCCGUUUGCGGCGUUUACAGAACCGAAUUAGUGAAGAUGUGGAAGAGAGAUUGGCUCGACAUCGGAAAAUAGUAGAGCCUGAGGUGGUGGGAGAAAGUGACUCUGAAGUGGAAGGAGAUGCUUGGCGCAUGGAACGAGAAGAUAGCAGUGAAGAAGAGGAGGAAGAAAUUGAUGAUGAGGAAAUAGAGCGGCGCCGUGGCAUGAUGCGUCAGCGAGCACAGGAGAGGAAAAAUGAAGAGCUGGAAGUCAUGGAGGUAGAAGAUGAAGGACGUUCUGGAGAGGAGUCGGAGUCAGAGUCUGAGUAUGAGGAGUACACAGACAGCGAAGAUGAGAUGGAGCCUCGCCUGAAGCCAGUUUUCAUUCGAAAGAAGGACCGAGUGACAGUGCAAGAACGGGAAGCUGAAGCACUGAAACAGAAGGAGCUGGAACAGGAAGCAAAACGAAUGGCUGAGGAGAGGCGCAAGUACACACUGAAGAUUGUAGAAGAGGAGACCAAGAAAGAGCUGGAGGAGAACAAGCGGUCCCUGGCUGCGCUGGAUGCGCUCAACACUGAUGAUGAAAAUGAUGAGGAGGAAUACGAAGCGUGGAAGGUCCGAGAGCUAAAAAGAAUCAAGAGGGACAGAGAAGACCGAGAAGCGCUGGAAAAGGAGAAAGCAGAAAUUGAACGCAUGCGAAAUCUGACUGAAGAAGAAAGGCGAGCUGAGCUUCGUGCAAAUGGCAAAGUCAUUACUAACAAAGCCGUUAAGGGCAAAUACAAAUUUUUGCAGAAGUAUUAUCACCGGGGUGCCUUCUUCAUGGAUGAGGAUGAAGAAGUAUACAAGAGAGAUUUCAGCGCACCAACCCUUGAGGAUCAUUUCAACAAAACCAUUCUUCCUAAAGUCAUGCAGGUCAAAAACUUUGGGCGUUCUGGUCGUACCAAAUACACCCACCUUGUGGAUCAAGAUACCACUUCUUUCGACUCAGCAUGGGGCCAAGAGAGUGCACAGAACACCAAGUUCUUUAAACAGAAGGCAGCUGGAGUACGGGAUGUCUUUGAGCGACCAUCUGCCAAGAAGCGGAAAACCACCUAGAAUUUAACUUACUCCGACUGUGGAACACAAGAGGAAUUCUCAACAUCUGCUCUUCAGCUAUCUUUUCCCAUUACUUACAUAGUUCCUGUAUCAAGCCUUCUGGACUUAAGCUAUAACUUGUGUUUGAAGGUGCUUUAUGAAGGUUUGGACUCAUAUUGAGAAACCCACAGAAAAGCACUAACCAGGUAGGAUUAGAGACUUUCCACUAAAAAAAUCCUGAGAAAUUUUGAAUUUCUCUACUGUGGCUUCCCAUAUUGACUUGGGACUAUUCUGAAUUUCUUUUACCAGCCCCUUAGUUUGGGUCAGAAAUGUGAAGAUGUAAGUGAAUAAUGCAUUACAUCAACCUUAGUGGUAGGAGUGGUAAACCAGGAAAUCUAAGCUCAAUGAAAUCUGUUUUUGCAUUUUUGGAUUGAGUCAACUUUUCUAAGUAAACACACUUUUUGAUCCAUUUGUAUUUGUGUGAAGAAAUAAAAGAAUCACCUACCAGGAA